CAUGAGUUCCCAGGAAACCCUGGGCCGUCGGCGGGUGUCCGUCUGCGCCCCACGAGCCCUCGGCCAGCUCUUCAUCCUGCUCCAGUACCAGACGGCGGCCCACCGCAUCAAGGUCAUGGUCCGCAAGGCCGAGAACCUGGCCAAACUCACACGCAUGCCAGGGGCACCAGAUCACUACGUGGCCAUCAACCUGAGGCACGGGGGUAAAGUGAUCGCUACCAAGGAGACGAAAGGAGCCGCAGGACACAACGCCGUCUGGAACGCACCCUUCCUCUUUGACCUGCCCUCUGGUGACAUCACCAAACUAACACUCAUGCUGGAGUUCAUCGUCAUGCAGGGCCGACUUUACACAAAAAGCAGUGUGCUUGGGCGUGUUCUGAUUGGCUACGAGGGUCUGGAGCCUGGGCAGGUGCACUGGAAAGAGAUGUGCGCUCGAGGGCAGGUGGAGACCGCUCGCUGGCAUACGCUCCAACCAGAAACACUGGUGGAGUGACCUCACAGCACGCCGUCCAAUCAGAGGUGCUGUUGGAAUGACCUUAUAGCAUGGCACCCAAUCAGGGAUGCUGUAAGAACAACCCACAGUCCUUAGAUCAUACCCACUGGCAGCGGUCAGAUAGUCAAAAAAUGACACCCUAUGUCCUUUCCUAACCCCUUUUCCUUGACCUUGAUGAAAAAUGUCAUGAGGUCAAGGAAAUACGUGACGGAGAAUUUAUAAGGAUUAAGGAAAGAUAACCGUGGUGUCAAGACAAUACGACUGCACUUACACUAGGACACGUAAUUACAUGACGGCGGAUGCUAUUGACGUGGGUCUUUAUAUAUUGCUGCCGCAAUGAAUUGUGGGACAGUAUUAUCUCCUUUCCUUUCGAUAAGGAUGGUAAUGUGUGCCCUAUGCUAAAGGACAUAAGAAAGGUAGCGCUGAAGAACCUUUCCUAAGCAAUUAGAUAGACAUAGAUACUUCUGGGUCAUUUCGCUUACUGUGUCUGUUUAGGUGACACAUGACAGAAGCCAUGAACACUCAAAGUCUCCUUAGAGCUGAGAACUUUCCUGAGUAAAAAAGACUAUCCGGCCGCUGCCCCAAAAAAUGAUUGCAAUUCCUGAGAGAGCUUUUGGGAUGCCAGAAACUGAGAUCUCCAGCUUACGAAUCUAUUAUGGACAUCCUGGUCAGGGUCUCAGGUGUAGCUCUAAUAUGAACAUCCUGGUCAGGGUCUUAGGUGUAGCUCUGUGUUACAGUCUAAUGGCCCCCCCCAAGCAUCCUGGUUAGGGUCUUAGGUGUAGCUCUGUGUUACAAUCUAAUGGGCCCCCAAGCAUCCUGGUUAGGGUCUUAGGUGUAGCUCUGUGUUACAAUCUAAUGGUCCCCCAAGCAUCCUGGUUAGGGUCUUAGGUGUAGCACUGUGUUACAAUCUAAUGGUCCCCCAAGCAUCCUGGUUAGGGUCUUAGGUGUAGCUCUGUGUUACAGUCUAAUGGUCCCCCAAGGCUUCAGCCUAUUGUGCUGUAUGUCUUUCUCACUGCCAGGAUUUAUACCACUAAGAAAAUAUGUUCAUGAUUUUUUUUCUUUUCUUUCUUCUCGUGUUGGCAUUUCUGCAUUUCUAUUGCAUUCAUCUGUGCUACUGCUGCAGCAGGGCUGAAUAUGUGAAAGGAAUGCUAUUUCCAGGGAGCUCUUGGUUCAUCAAACUCUAUGAGGUAUGAGGUCGUAAAUAUCAUUCCGUCGCUUUUGACUGACAGUGGUCAACAGAAUGUGUUUGUGUCUGUAAUAUGUGACUGGUCUCUAUUUUUGCAGGUUAUUGUCUGUGUUUUUUUCUUCUUUUUGUUGCAUGAUUUCAAUCUGUCCGCUACAGUGUGCCCCUGACAGGGGAGCGAGUCAGGUAGACCAGCUGCUGUAAUACCUGGACACUACCAAUGGGAAUACUGUCCUCGGCUCAUCGUGUAGACUCAGUAUCCACUGGCACAUAGACUCCCUAUAGACUAUGGAUGACUUGUUUGAUAGUUUAAAUUAAAACAUACACAUACACACACACACCAAACAAAGCCACAUUUAUCAGUAUUUCACUACUUAUCUCU